AUGAGGAAGAGAGGAGCUAUCAUGGUCGGCGGCGGAUGCUUCAAAGCGAAUGAUGGGGCUCGCAGCAUGACGAGUGGGGUUCACAACAUGAUCGAUCUAUCUAUCGGAUCCACUCUGAUGGAGAAACAGAGCAGCCAAGAACUUUCGAUCGAAAACAAAAGCGCUGGUUUCAGUAGGGUGGAGAAACCUAAGGUGGCAGAGAUUCAGCUUCAACUUCUACCCUAUGUAAGGAUCUCAACGCCUUAUUUACGUCGGGACGUUUUGCGCGACAUACUGUCACGGUUGUCAAUCAAGGAUGUCGUGAGGAUGAGCACGCUUUCUGGUGAAUGGAGACAGCAGCGGAUAUGCCACCCAGAUCUGGUCUUCACCAAAGACACCUUUGGCAUCAGUACUGACCCAGAUCCGGACUUCACCAAAACCAUUGAUGCCAUCAUUAGAGACACGGAUACUAAACGAGCAUCCUGGACUGCUGAAUUCAUCGUCAAUGUGGACAGUGUAUUGCGCCCACUGUGGUCUACUUCCACUACAACUACGACUACGCUGGACAAGUUUGCUAUCGAAUUUGGUCUCCGCAGAAAGCAUAAGUAUCACAUUGAUAGGUGGGUUAACUUUUCCAUUGCGUCAAGGGCCAAGUACAUUGCUUUCGAUUUCACGUUUGAUAUCGAUUGCGCUGGCCCUGGAUGUGACCAGUACAAGGAUGUUUUCCCGCUGUGCAAGCUGAGCGGCCCAAGCGGCUCUUGUGUCACAUCUCUUGUUCUGGGCUAUGUAUGGUUAAAGCUGCCCCCCAGUUUCUGCGGUAUCACAAACCUUAGGAAACUCACACUAAAAACGGUGUCCAUCAGUGGAGGUGAUCUCCAGCGCCUGUUGCUAAGUUGUGCUCUUCUCGAGCAUAUAGACAUAGAGUGGUGCUCCCCCUUGUCAAGUUUACGCAUAGGGCAGGAACUGUGCAGGUUGCAGUACCUGCGUGUGCGCCGGUCUGAACUGGAAAUGUUAGAGUUGCAUGCUCCAAAUCUUACCAAAUUUGAGUUCGACGAAGAUCUCGCACAAAUUGUGCUCAGUGAUUGCUUGAGGUUGUCGGAGGCAACCUUUGUAUCAAACAUGAGGACUCAAGAGUUCAAUGAUUAUGAUUUUGAUGACUUGGCCUUCACCUUCACCGAGCUUGCUCUUCCUCAUGUGCAAAAACUAUUUCUACUUUUGAAUUUGGACCAGGUGCUAAGAUUCGGUGAAAACCAGACUAGCUUCAUCAAUUUGAGGCAUCUGAACAUGAACCUUGAGAUCGGGUGGGAUCCAUAUGAUGAUAGUUGGGCAAUAGGGUUUAUUCAUCUUUUGCAAUUAUCACCUCUCUUAGAAGAAUUAGAACUGCAUGUUGGUCGUGAUAGAUUUUGCCCUCCUACUAUGAGGAUGGUGACGGCUGUGCAAGGGCCUCUGCAUCAUCACCUGAAGAGAGUCCACAUGUCUGGAUUUUGUGAUGUAUUGGGGCUAGCCGAGCUGGCGCUCUACAUCCUUGGGAAUGCUACUGCACUUGAACGUAUGGUGGUAGAUCCAGUGGCGUAUGCCGAGACUCUUCACACUGAUGAUAUCUAUUCAGUCAGCAAGGCUGGUAGUAUCGAGGGGGACCAUUACCACGUCGAUCAGAAUAGGAUGUUUGCAGAGCAAAUCCUUGGCAGUGAGGAGUUCCGUCAUAUCGUCACCAUUUUGUGA